GGACGGACCAAAACAUGUUAAGCUCCCCAUCCACUCCCGCCCCUCCUCCCCUCCUCUCUCCUCCACCGCCACCUCUUCCCCUUCCGAAAUUCCACCACCACCUACUCCUCCUCCCAGUCCGCCGACGCCGCCUCCUCGCCUCCCUCACCGCCCCGCUUCUCCAGCUCCUCCUCGUUUCCCCCUCCCCCGCCCGCGCCCGCGGCCUCUUCCGCAUGCCUCCCGCCCGCCUCGCCAACCGCUACUUCCUGGUGCGCGCCGGGGAAUCGGUCUACGAAACCGCCGGCGUCCUGCGCACCAACCCCGUCGCCAAGACGUCUGUCGACAGCGGCCUCUCGCCCGAGGGCGCGAGGCAGGCCGCGCGGGCUGCCCUCGAGCUCAAGCAAAUGGGGGCAUGCGAGGAUAGCUGCUGGAUUUGGCCCUCCAUCACCCAGCAGUCCUAUCAGGCCGCCGAAAUCAUUGCUUCCGUCAACAGUAUCGAUCGCAGUCGGAUCGUGCCCGAGUACAGCUUUCUUGAUGCUCGAGGACUGGGAGCAUUCGAGGGAAGAAACUUAGGCUCUAUAUCUGAGGUUUAUGAAUCAGAUAGUCUUUCUCCUGAUAAUAAACCCCCUCCGGUUGAUGAUGGAACACCAAAUGAGAGUGUGGCAGAUGUGUUUGUCAGGGUAACACAACUCAUGUCAAUACUCGAAACACAAUAUUCUGGAGAUACUGUAAUUAUUGUUUCGCCAGAUUCAGACAAUCUAUCAGUUCUACAAGCAGGCUUAGUUGGACUUGACUUACGCAGGCACAGUGAUCUGUUAUUUAGCCCUGGUGAGGUCAGGCCCGUGGAUCCAAGUAGCAUACCUGACUACAAGCAACCAGCUUCUGCUGUUUACAAGUGUGCAAACCCUCCAAGUUGUAAAUGACUUUUUUUUAGCUUGUUGGAUAGCUUCAUGUGGCAUCUCAUCCUAAGUUUUUGAACAGCAAAGAUCGACCAAGGACUUUGCAGGCCAAUAAUUGUGGCCAUUUUCCAUUGCAGAUUCAAUCAUCAUCCUGUGCAAGACCAGCCCGUAUGUUCCGAAUAAUUUUCUUACUAUUGAGAGUUCAGUAGCUCAUCUUUAUUUGCUUAACUUCGAGAGUUAAUGUUGUCUUGUUAGACCCACACAAAGCCACCUUCCUCAAUGUUGUGGUGGCAUGCCUUUGGAGAAUAAAAGCCUGUAAAGGGCAUCCAUGGCUUUCCUCCCAUGCAUGUACCCCCUCUUUUGUUUGUUUGCUUCCUACCACUGCAGAGACGUACUUGUUUGCUUGGCUACUGCUCCUGCAAUGAAGUACCUAUUUGUUUCCUUUCUGCAGUCUCUUUCACAACUGUGAUAUAUAUGUGCAGCACAGCUUGUCUUCCCAAGCAGCCCAACUGGACUCGACCUCUUUUGCAGUGAGACCCUGCCUACCUGUCACAUAUUGACAUCUGAAUUGGGUGCAAACUAGCUUUUUAAAGCUCCCAAACACAAUAAUACCAAUCUCUUUAUCUUUCCACACCUGAUUUCCACAAUCUCGCUUUCUGCCCAACACCCCAUAGGUUGAAUAACAUCUUUAAAGCUUCCAAUUUUAGUGACAAGAGACCCAGAGCUCACAUAAUAUGAUCAACUUUGUCUUUGCCAGAAGACAGUCUUUUACUAAGCAUUUAGAUCCCAUAGCUUCGGUUAGUUCUUUCCCCUGUAUCAGAUGAACACGCGAUCGAAUCUUUGCGUGUGGGC